AUGACAGCAGACGCCAAUCGAAGUGAGUCUAUGUUAUGUAUGGAUAAAGCUCGAGAGGCUAUUAAAUCUGGCGAUACGGAAAAGGCUCGUCGAAUGCUAUUAAAAGCAAAAAAGUUGGAUCCUGGUCAAAAUAUAGAAUUUUUGACGAAAAAGAUUGAUGAAAUGACGAACAAUUCUUCCUCAUCACAAUCUUCUUCUUCUCGAGCUUCCGAAGAACGGAGUUAUGCUCACGACGAUCAUUAUGAUGAGCCAAAUUUAAGGAAUCGAAAAGCAAGAAGUCCUGUGAAAAAGAACGGGAAAACAGAGCCCGAGCCGAAACCACGUUCUGCGUCAAGAACACCAAAACUUGGCGUGGAUUAUACAAGUGAGCAGAAAGAAUUGGUGGAAAGAAUUCGUCAUUGCAAAGAUUACUACGAAAUUUUGAAAGUCGAUAAGAAGGCGAGCGACGAUGAUAUUCGGAAAGAAUAUAGAAAAAUGGCAUUGAAAUUGCAUCCAGAUAAAUGUAGAGCUCCUCAUGCUACAGAAGCAUUCAAGGCUCUGGGUAAUGCAUAUGCGGUUCUUUCGGAUACUGAUAAACGUCGACAGUAUGAUCAGUUUGGAGCUGAAGCUACUAAUGGGCAUACUCCGACUACAAGAAGACAUGGCGGUGGUGCAUUCUUCGAACAUGAUUAUGCUCAUGGUUUUGAAGCUGACUUCACACCUGAAGAGAUCUUCAAUAUGUUCUUCGGAGGUGGUUUCCCAUCUGAACAAGUUCGUCGACGUGCACGUUAUGCUCAACAACAACAUUUUCAUCAUUAUGAACAACAACAAAGUCCAUAUGGUCCACUCCUUCAGUUGCUGCCGCUUAUUGCGAUCAUGGUGAUCGGAUUAUUAGCUCAGUUGAUGGUUGGAGAACCAGCUUACUCACUUCAUCAAACUUCAAAAUACUCUAUAAAACGUAUGACUGCCGAAUUACGAGUACCGUAUUUUGUACGAACUGACUUCGAAUCUUCGUAUCGAGGACGGAUCCGACAAGUAGAACAGCAGGUCGAAGAUGAUUAUAUUCAAAAUUUAAGGAUGAAUUGUUAUAAGGAACAAAAUCUUAAAGAAACAAAGCUGUACCGAGCUCGUUGGAUGAGAGAUGAAGCAAUGAUGCGGGAUGCUGAACGAACACCUCUUCCUAGCUGCGUUAGACUGAAUGAGAUUUAUUCUCACUAA